AUGGAGCUCUGUGGUGGAGACGGCUGCCACGAGUCCGAGAUCCUAGCCUUUGAUUUCCAGCGACGCGCCUGGGAGUUUUACGAGGGCAAAGCUGCGGCGCCGCCACUGGAAGAGGCCUUUCUCAUCAAGACCAUGCCGUUGGAGGAGAUACAUGGUGCCUUCUCCCUUUGCCCUGGGAUGGUGGUCACCGGCCUGCUCCUGGCUGCGGAAGCGGCUUCUUUCGCUGCACAGCCUGAUCCAAAUCAGGACCCACUGCACAUGGCCAAGAGCUACAUGCAGUUCCUGUAUAACUCUGACCGCGAAGAAUUCGACACGAUGACCGAGAUGUGGCCAGUUCUGGAGGGCCAGCAGCGGGCGCAGGAUGCGCGGCAGGCAGCUUUGCAUGCCUUGCCAGCCUCGGUGGAUAUUGUCAUCGCCCGCUGCAGCACUACUCUGCGCUGGCUGUGGUCUUUGCCCUUGCCGCCCCAGGCGCGGGUAUUCAUCUACAGCAAGUGCCCCGGGCAGGAACAGAACUUGCAGCGGCAGCUGGAAGGCCUGCUUGGGCGAGUUGCUCAAAUCGUGGACGUGCCUUUGGAAGACUCGGGGGAGUGGAUGACGGGGGAGUGCACAGUGUACCUGCGACACAUGCUUCAUGGCCUAGCAUCUGCCGCGCCUGUCCACCACCUGGCCGACUACACGAUUUUCAUCCAUGAUGAUGCGCCGCGACAUUUGAAGCCGGAAUUCCUCUCCAUUGUGUUCAAGAGCUUGGCUAUGGGAUCAUACAACGUUGACUACCUGAACCUGGCGCAUGAGCGCUACGUGGCCGCCUCUACUCCUUGUCUGAAGUCACUCUUCAGGAUGGUUUUUGGGGAGGACCUCACCGGUCGUCUGUCCACCUACUGCUGCGGCCACUUCGUGGUCAGCUCCUCACGGCUCAAGGAGGUGCCCCAAAGCCGCCUGGAGAAUUUGUGGGCGGCGGUGGCCACUGGGGCCUACACCGCGCUGAAAGGAGGGCUCUGUGAGGUGGCCAACAUGCCGUGCUAUGUGGUGGAGUACCUGUGGCAUGCAGUGCUCGGCGAGCCGAACGUGCCGCCGUGGCGCUCCGAAGACGCUCGCCUGCCACUGGCGCUUCGCUACGAGGGAGGCCGAGACACUCGCCUGCCAUCGCCGCUGAAGUUUUCGCCAUACAUGCAGGAGACCGAGUUGGUGGACGAAGAGGAGGUGACUGUGGUCCCAGGCUGGGCCCCCGCAGUGUCAUUGGACCUGCAGGAGGUGCCCACCGGCGAGGAGGAUGAGGAAGAGAUUUACUCGCAGCGGUCAAAGCUGUACCGAUUCAAGGAUGGCGAGUGGAAGGAGAGAGGGCUGGGCGACUCCAAAUUGCUGCGCCAUCGGGGCAGUGGCAAGAUUCGCUACAUGAUGCGGCAAGAGAAAACCGGCAAGAUUGUUGCCAAUCACUAUGUCUAUGCUUUUCCACCUUAUUGCGACCUGAAGUUGAACAACGGCAGUGAUAAGUGCUGGGUAUGGACUACCAUGGAUUACUCAGAGGACGAAGCGCAGGUGGAACAGUUUGCAGUGAGGCUUAAGGACCCAGAGGUGGCGAAUCAGUUCAAGGAAGCCUUCGAUAAUGCCAAGGCCGAAAAUGCGAAGGUGUGCGAAGUACAGGAGGGCACAUCAAAAGCUGAGCCGGCAGCUUCAAACGAAGCAAAGCCGGCGCCGGCGCCAGCGCCGGAGUCUGCCGCCAGCCAGCCAGACGGGAACCCGUUUGCUGGCCACGCCUUUUUCGAAUCCAGUUCGUCAUCCUCAGGGGGAGGUCUUGCAAGUGGAUCAUCACCGAGUUCAGGCGGCCUGUUCAGCUCUCUGGCGGGUGCCAGCACUGGAGGGCUCUUCGGCUCUUCAAGCGGGGGCUCCCUGUUUGGAAAUGGAAGCGCUGGUGGGGGCCUGUUUGGCGGUGGUGGCGGCCUCUUUAGCGGAUCAAGUGGAGGACUGACCUUUGACUCCAGCAAGGGGGAGGAGUCAAAGGCAGCAGACGAGGAAGGUGAGCUGGUAGACGAGGAGGAGGUCACUGUCGUCCCAGGAUGGGCGCCAACGGUUUCGCUGGAUUUACAGGAGGUGCCCACCGGAGAGGAGGAUGAGGAAGAGAUUUACACGCAGCGGUCAAAGCUGUACCGAUUCAAGGACGCCGAGUGGAAGGAGAGAGGGCUGGGCGACUCCAAAUUGCUGCGCCAUCGGGUCACCGGCAGAAUUCGCUACAUGAUGCGGCAAGAGAAAACUGGCAAGAUCGUUGCCAACCACUAUGUCAUUGCUGUUCCGCCUUAUUGCGACCUGAAGUUCAACACAGGCAGUGAUAAGUGCUGGGUUUGGACUAGCAUGGAUUACUCAGAGGACGACCCGCACGUGGAGCAGUUUGCUCUGAAGUUUAAGGAUCCAGAGCUGGCCCAAGAGUUCAAGGAAGCCUUUGACAAAGCCAAGGCCGACAAUGCCAAGGUGUGCGAAGUUGAGGCAGUCACGCGUGAUGAUGACGCGGCUUCGAGCAUCAUUGAGGCUUUCGCCAGCGAGCCGUCUGCUCCAGUCGCUACUCCAGCCACUGGCGCGGCCAGCAUGUCCUUCGAGUCGAAGGCGGACUCGCCCAAGGAGCAGGUCAGCAAGGCCCCGGAGCCGUUUUCCGGACUGUCCUUCACAGGAAUGAGCUCCGGCGGCCUGUUGGGAAGUGCGACGGGCGGCCUCUGGGGUGCGUCAACAGCGAGCUCAGGCGGCCUGUUCAGCUCUCUGGCGGGUGCCAGCACUGGCGGGCUCUUUGGCUCUUCAAGCGGGGGCUCCCUGUUUGGCAAUGGAAGCGCUGGCGGCGGCCUGUUUGGCGGUGGCGGUGGCCUCUUUAGCGGAUCAAGCGGAGGACUGCCCUUUGACUCCAGCAAGGGGGAUGAGUCAAAAGCAGCAGACGAGGAAAAUGAGCUGGUGCAAGAGGAAGAGGUCACGGUGGUCCCAGGAUGGGCGCCAACAGUGUCGCUGGAUUUACAGGACGGGUGCCUACCGGCGAGGAGGAUGAGGAAGCAAUUUACACGCAGCGAUCAAAGCUGUACCGAUUCAGAGACGGCGAGUGGAAGGAGAGAGGGCUGGGCGACUCCAGGUUGCUGCGCCACCGAGUCAACGGCAGGAUUCGCUACAUGA